CAUGAAGGUUUCAUGAGGAAAGCCAUCGAAAUGGCACAAUUCGCCCUCGCCAGCGACGAGACACCGGUCGGAUGCGUUUUCGUGCAUAACGGAGAAGUCAUCGGACGUGGUAUCAAUGGCACAAACGCCAGUCUGAAUGGUACCCGCCACGCGGAAUUUGUCGCUCUCGCUGAGAUCAUGGCUCAUCAUCCACAAUCGAUUUUGCACGAGACCGACUUAUACGUGACCGUGGAGCCCUGCAUCAUGUGCGCCUCCGCACUGCGACAAUACGGGAUCCGAGCCGUGUAUUUCGGCUGCUUGAAUGAUAGAUUUGGGGGCUGUGGAGGCGUAAUGAACAUCCAUUCGGAUCCGGGAAUUGAUAGUACUUUUCCUUGCUAUGGUGGACUGUUCAGAGAGGAGGCGAUCAUGCUGCUCAGGCGCUUCUAUGUCCAGGAGAAUGAGAAAGCGCCUGACCCCAAGCCAAAGAAGAACAGAGAACUCAAGACG